AUGUUAAGGACGUUAAGGACGUUGGGGACGUUGGGGGCGUUGAGGAUGUUGAGGACGUUGAGGACGUUGGGGAUGUUGAGGACGUUGGGGACGUUGGGGACGUUGAGGACGAAAAAAGGUGAAAUGUGAAAAUGAGCUCGAACAUACAUAUGGUCCCUACUAUUGCCUACAGAGAUCGCAUAAAAUCAUGUUGUCGUAUUCUUUUGGCAGUUUAAUUACAUUCACAUUGACAUGUUUGUCAAUACAACUAAUGUGUUUCAGUGUUUACAACAUAGUCAUAGAAAAAUAACAACAUGCUGAAGCAAGAAUAGGAUCAGAUACCAGCAGUUGGGUUAUCGGCACUCGCCCCCCUAACAGUGCCGAGAACCAACGGCAGGAAUCUGAGCCUAAGGCAAAGAGAACCAAGGUCAAAUAUGGCACAUGUGGUACUGACUACUUUUAAUAAUAACAAUGGAACUAAAGGUAUUUCUUCUAUAAAUACGAUAGUAAAAUAGCUGACGUGGUGGCAUAGUACUACAAAUACCAUAAACACAAUCUAUAUAUAUGAAUUACCUAACAAAUUUAAUUAUUUUUAAUCAAUGUCAAUGAACAAUUUUGUGAAUCCUGCAUCGGUAAAGACAAAUAUAUUUUUGGUGCUUUUUAUAAUGAGCAAUGAAAUUUGACCGCGUUGAUUAUAAAAAACAUAUAGUAUAUGCAUGUGUCAGUUAAAAAAAAGUUUUGACAAUAUCAAUAAUUAAAAUAACCACCUCGGCGAUUACUUUUUGACAACGCGACGCGAAGUUUCAAUUUUCAAUGAGAUUAACUGUAAUAUUUUUUUAUGUUUUCAAAUAUUCGGAACCAAUUAAAGGUGAUCUACAGUCCGAUCUGCGCAUGUGCACAAUGAGCCCACUUUUUAUUAUACAAACAGUUUAACUAUGUUUUGAGUUCUUGAAAAGCCUGAUUGUUGUUUCUUGAUCAUUUAUUAGACUCUAGAAGCUUGAAAAUAUAAAUAGUUGUCGAAUAAAGCUCAAUAUUUUGGACACAAAAAUGUUAACAAAGGCUUUGUUUACAUACGGACUGUAGAUCACCUUUAAGCAAUUUUACUUAUUUUAUCUGCAUGUCUUUAUCUUAAAACUUUAUCUGCCUCGCGUUGUCGAAUCGCGUUGGCACUGUAUGGGCAUUUAUAUAGACAAAAUAAUUAAUAAAGUCGAUUCGCGCAAAAAACAUCGCUAGUGGAAAACCAGAUUAAAUGCCUCAUGAAAGCUCGUUCGUUGGCUUAAUGUCGAAGAUAUGUUUAUAUUUUUCAGGUUGUUGCAUCAUCUACACAGUUCAGCUUAAGGUGACUUGACAUAAUAAUCAAACAAUAAUAGUUUAUUUACACUCAAAAAGAUACAAAUACAUUCUGUUAUAGAUAAAAAAUUACAAAUGAGAGUGAAGGCCACCUGUAAUAACCAUAAGGGCUAAUCGAGACAGGUGGCCUUUAAAGAGACACAAGAAAAACUAUGAUUAGGAGAGUAAGACAGUAAUCAAUAUGGAAACGCUUAAUAAAUUAACUUAAUUACACAGACAACAAAAACAUGAAGAAACAAAAAAGACAAAAAUAAACAAAAAUGGCUCAAAUAUUUUGAAUAGUAUUAAGGGGCAAAAAGGAAAAAUAUAGGUAUUUCGUGAUGUGAUUUAGUAGGCACCAAUCAGCAGUUCUUUUAGUUUGCGUUUGAAAGCAAAUUUAGAAAGUGUUUUAAGAGACUCGUCAAUUUCAUUUCAAAUUUGAGUUCCUCUGAAUCUGAUUCUAAAUUUGCCAUAAUUUGUGCGAGCUGGAGGAAGAGAGUAGGUUGAUCUUGAAGCAAGUCGAGUAUUAUAAUAAUGCUGAUUUUGUAUUAGGCUAAAGAAGUCAUCAAAGGCCUCAGGAAGUUUGCCAUUACUAUACUGAUGUACAAAAAGUGCUAUGUAUACAUAAACAAUAUCUGGAAAUUUUAAUACAUUCAAUUUUUUAAAUAGAGGAGAAGUAUGUUCCCUGAAGUUAGAAAAGGUAAUGAUGCGUAUAGCCUUCUUUUGCAGAACUACUAGAGGACGAAGGUUUGAUUGAUAGGUAUUUCCCCAUAUGAUUACACUGUAUAUCAGAAAUGGAAAAAUAAUAGAAUAGUAUAAUUGGAUUAAAAUACUUGUAGGGACAAAAUGACGUAAUUUGGACAAUACACCAAUACUUCUAGCUAGUUUUUUGGAUAACUCAUGAACAUGAGCUUUCCAGUUCAGAUUGGAAUCAAUAAUUACUCCCAAAUAAUUUGCACUCUUCUUUUCCUCUAUAACCUCUCCUCUUAUUAGAAGCUUAAAUGGAUAAUUACGUUUCUUCUGAGGAGGAUGAAAUAUGACAAAGCUUGAUUUAUCUGCAUUGAGGGACAGUUUGUUAGCACAUAAGGUAAUUUGACAUAAUAAUCCUCUCUAAAUUCCUUAUACAAGCGCGAAAAAAUCCCCUUUACGCUGUAUGAACGAGCCCGAGUGAUCUUUUGUUUCAAGCACUACUUCUGAUCGGGCUUUAUUUUUUCAGCUUUAAUCAAAGAAAAAGCAAAAUAAAUUGCUUCUUAGCUCUUUUCAAAGCUAUUUCCCCAUAUAUUUUCUGGGAGCGGGCUGUAACCUGGUGCAAUAUCUUUGUCGCUUUUGUUGUUAUAUAUAUAUAUAUAUAUAUAUAUAUAUAUAUAUAUAUAUAUAUAUAUAUAUAUAUAUAUAUAUAUAUAUAUAUAUAUAUAUAUAUAUAUAUAUAUAUAUGUAAUGGUGAAGCUUAUGCAUGGAUCAAUUCUUGUUGUUGCCACCCCCCCCCGUGCAACCCCCGGGAUAAUGCAGAAACUUUAAUUCCGGGGGUGGAGAAUUGUUAGAAAACUUUGUUCCGGGGGUUUCACCGGGGUAAAAAGCAAAACUCGUAUCCAGGACCAUGUUUUGACUACGUAUCUAGCGGCUAGCGCAUCCAGUGACAUGUAUAUAGUUCACUGAGCGAACGUCCAAAAGUUUUCAAAAUGGCGACUACCUCGUAUUUGGCAGUUGUUUAUAUAAUCGUGUUAUAGUAACUAUAGUUUAUAAUACCAAGUAUUUAAUCGGUAUAUAUAAACGCACUUUUCAAAUUUUACAUAUGUUUAUACGAAGGAUAUUAAACUGCUGAUUGAUAUUUCUUAUAUUUAGUUUUUUAGCGAUGCCCCGGGGUGGGGAAUUGUCAAGUUUUAAAGUCCCGGGGUUGGGGAAUUUACUACAUUCUUGCAAAAAAAAUACAAAUCCCGGGUGUAUUGCCCGGGGGGGAUGGUAACCGCUGGAAUUGAUCCAUGCAUUAAGGUGCCUCGAUAAACUUUUCAAAAAUUCAGGUGUUCAACACUUUGACAUGUUCAAUCCAUGCAUUCUUAGGAUUUAUUCAGCAGAUUUUGGUUUUAUUAUAUAUUUUGAUAUCUUCACUUUCAAAUUAUAUUAGUUUUAGUAGCAGAUAGUUCGUUGCUAUGACGACAUACGUGUACGAAAUUCACUUCAAAAUGGCCUAUCGCCUCGUAUACAGUUGGAAAAGAGGCAUGGUGACCGCCAACUCUUUUUCGUGCAUUGUUUUACUUUAUUUAGAAAAUGCGAAAGUAUCGUACUCUUUGGUAAAAUGUUUUUGGUAUUACAUUUUUCAUUUUUUGUAUGACGAAAGUUUUAACGGUACAAUACAGCAUGCAAAAUUUGAACAUAAGUCACCAGACAAAAUAGAGAGAUAUAACGCAUUGUGUUUUCUAAAAUUGAAAAUUCUAAUGACGUCAGUAAUUGACAUAAAACGCUAUGGGACGCGAGCAAUGACGUGAGAUAGCGCAAACAACUGCUCACGUCAGGUCAUUUUGGAAGUUCUUUCAUUUUAUUUAACAGUUUCCGAGAUCUGCGCGUAAAAAUUGUCACCCAGUUUUGUUUGCGAUCCUUGAGCAGGGUUUUUGUGAUAACUAUAUGGAGCCACCUCGAUGGCCUUGCAAAUUUUCAUUCUUUAAUCGAUAAUAUUUAUUCCCUUGAUUUCUUCUGUGUGGACUGUCGUAGACUAAAACUUCUUACUUCUCUUACUAAUAAUAAGGUGCUUGUCUCUUUGCUUUAUUUUGACUCAGGUGCUCGUCUCAAGGGAGAUGUGGUCACGUGAACCAGUGCUGCAGCAGGCUUAUAUUGUCAAGUGUACAAUUAUAUUCGAUACUACUUGAAAGCCUUGGUCAAAUAUGUAUGAAAAUUGAUGUGAGUUAUUAGAAGCUUUAAGUCUCAAACGCUCUUUUAAGCUGGUUCAAAUUUUAAUGAAAGUUGAUGAGAAAUUUAGUUCGUCUAAUUGGUAUACGCGUUAUGUUGUGAGUCUCGUUCAUAACUACUACACUGUAACCUGGAAAUGAAACCCUCCAAGUUCUCGUUAUGAAUUAUGGCCAAGUUUCGUAGACAAAUUUAACACAUCAAAACAUAUUCGCUUUUUGAAGCAGUCAUGGUGUUUUGAAGGGCCCAAACCUACGAAGAGCCAUGUUGAAAUGACAUAAUUUUAUAGCAUUAAUCGCUGACUUUAGAUAUAUAUGAUUUAACGUGGCUCACAUGGGCAAAGAAGUUUUCUUCUGAUAACUGUAAUGCAAGUAAUAUAUAUUUUUUUCUUGAAUUUAACGACUAGUUCUAAUAUCAUUUCUUGCAUAAAUAAAUAAACAUUUCCUACAUAAACUAACUGUCAAUAAAGGUAGAUGCUUAUUAUAUAUAAUUACACUGACAAAUUCGCAAUUGUUUCCAAUGGAGCACAAAUUAUUCCGUCUUCAUGAAAAGUACGAUUAAGGCAGCCCCAACAUAACUAAUAAUUCUUAUGGUUUCUAUUGGGCUCCCUUCCCAAGUAUGAAGAUGCGGGCUUACGGAUCGAAAGCUUUGCUAGAAUUUAAUAUGUUUUUUGUGUAAUAUUAUUUAUUUAUGCCUAAAUAAAUUUGAUUUGAUUUAAAUACAAAUUACAGUUGGCAGAGAAACAACUUGUUGCAUUUACAAAAUCACUAUUUAAUUGCUCCUCUCAAAAUCUAAGCCGAGCACAAGUUAAUAUUAAAAUGACCAAACUGUGCAUAUUUGACACCUACGGUAAAAUAUAUAACAAUGUUAACAAAAAUUUUAAUUUUCUUAAGCUACCUAAAUAGGUAAUAUUUGGUUGAAGUUGAAAUAUACAAAACUGUUUUGGAAGUUAUUUCCGACAACAUAAAAGUGAAACUGAUUAAGUGGUCGGGCUCCUUCAUAGCUGAUGGAGUUAAACUUAACAACAACUGAGGCAACAACAUGUUUUGCUGCUAUACUCACAAAAACACAGAAAGAUGGAUGUCUGUGAUAGAGACUCUUUUACUGAGAUGCCCGGGCGAACAGCUAAAAUUAUCGAAUCUGAAAAUUCUUCUUAUUUGUUGAGAUACACCUUGUGCAAUUUUCCUUAAUUUUGAAAACGUCACUGCACAAGGUUACGUGUUACGAACACAGGAUGUAUUUCAGUUAGCUACUUCUUACCGAUUUAGUAAUUAAAAUGUUUCGGCUCAGUUACGUUACAAAAUAUCAGCACUCCGAAAACAGGAAUUAUUUUCAAAACAGUUUAAUCGACAUAUUAUUCAACAUAGGUCAACAUCACAGAUGAUGAAAUUAUUACAUAUUAUAAGCUAAUAUAUACAGGUAAAGAAAUAUGAAAAUGUCUAUAUAUAGGUAUUACUGUACGUAUGAAGAGUAAUUAGUUUUUUAGAAGAUUUUAGUUGUAACGAAGUAUAUAUAUAUAGGUUAUCAUAUAAGGGAUGAGGUGAUAUCAGUUUUAUCGCUCGAGGGAUGAUAUCACAAUUGUCACGAGCGAGCGCAGCGAACGAGGGACAAUUGUGAUAUCGUCCCGAGAGCGAUAAAACUGAUAUCACCGAAUCCCGAGUACGAUAACCUAUUUAUUAUAUACUUGUACCUUUAUCAGGGUUUGACACCCAAAUCUUCUAUUAACCGUGCCCAAAGUAAACAGUUUUGAUUUUUGAAAAAAUAGGAUCAUUUUAGAAUUCAAAACAAUUCAUCGUUUACUGAACAAAUAUGAUUUUAGAAAAUAAAUAGACCAUUCAUAUAGAUAAUAUACAAUUUAAGUCUUUCAUUUUGUAUUAUCGUUCUUGUUUUCUUCGAUAAACUCUCGACAUCAACCAACACGAACCUUGAAUCGGCCAUCUUUGUUUUGACAAGGCGCGAAAUUUAGCGGGACAAAAAACGAUAUCCGGAUCCGGGACAAAAAACGAUAUCCGGGACAAGAAACGAUAUCCGGGACGAUAUCGUUUUUAUGUCCCGCUGCUUCCUACCUGAUGAAGGUACAAGUAUGUGAUAAAUAUAUAUAUAUAUAUAUAUAUAUAUAUAUAUAUAUAUAUAUAUAUAUAUAUAUAUAUAUAUAUAUAAUUAAUUUGUUAACUUAAAAUAUAGUCAGAACUCUGAGUUUCACGCUCAAUGCGAUCUUCAGGCGACAAUGUUUAAAUCUCGAUUAAAAAUUCCUGUAUGGAUGCGUGCGAGUUCGUUAGGCUACUUGCAUGCGUGAUUGUAUUGCGUGCGCACGUUCAAAUUUUCCCACCAAGAAUUGCUUCCGGUGGCAACACUUUGAGAAUAGCUCACAUCUCUUGUUCAACAAUCUUUUCUUGUCACCUUUCAAAAUUUCCAGUUUCUCUUGUAGGCAAAAGUUGCAACUUUUUGCGCCGCUGCGAUAAGGUGAUGCUUGCUUCAGAAUGGACCACUUGAUGUUGAAUGUACGUUUCUUGUUUUUCAAGUUCCAAAUGUGUUUGGACAGCUCAGUGGAUGUAACAUAGCUGGUAUCUUUGAAUGAGGUCUUGUGGUUGUAAAAACGUUUCUUAAACGUGUUUGAUGUCAUCCCAAUAUAAUUUCGAAUUACUCCUGUGUCGUCCGUAACCUCGGCUUUAUAGACAACGCUCUUUGUAAGGCAAUUAUUGUUUAAGGGACAUUCAGUGCUUUCUAUGCAGUUACAGUUUUCUUUGGUAGAUGCUACUACAUCACUUUUAUUCUUUAAAAGGUUACCGAAGUUAUGUUUGGAGAUAACGCUUUUACAGUUAUCCAUGCAACUAUAGCUUACUUUGACCGAGUUUCUGUUAAAAAUCUUGUGUAGCGGAUUAUAGACGCAGGGAAAUGUUUGUCGAUCAGGUUUAGAAAGUUUCUAGCAACAUUUGUUCUUACAUUCUUGCUAAAAGGUGGGUUAAACCAAAUUAUAUUUCUUGUUCUUGUUCUAUUCUUUUGUUUAUUAUUUGGGGAGUAGCGUAAAUUUGUUGGGUAAUGACUACGGCGGAGCGCGGCUUCAUAAAGAGGUGCAGACUUCGAGAAAGCUUCUUGAUUCGAUGAUAACUGAGAAAUUCGGUUGCCCACAGAAGAUGGGAGUUGCUUUGUAAUUUAAGGAGGAUGGUUUGAAUGAAUAUCAAUGAAAAGUGGUUCAUUGUUAGGCUUUCGAUAGGGUUGGUAGCUUUCAUCAUUUAAAUUUAAGGUAAUAUCUAGGAAGUUGACAGAUUGGUGGGUAAUUUCUGCGGUGAUUUUCAAUUGAAACUCAUCGAAAAGUUGGUGGAGAUCUUUUCUAGCUUUGUCAGCAAGCCGGGCAGAAGUACCUCGUAGUAGGAUUAAACCAUCGUCUCGAUAAAGGCCGACGCGGUCUUUACCAUAUUUCUUUGCCAAGGAAUUGAGUAUAAAUAGGCCGAUAAGUUCGCACACUUCUGCUCCAUCAAAACUGCCCAUGGUUACGUCAAACAAGGGAUUGUUUUGUUGUUUGAUCCAGGUUUUACCGUCAUUGAACAGAAGCGAUUUUCUUGCGUGUUUGAUGACAUUGAUCUGCUUAUCAUCUAUAUUAACGUACCCGCGAGCCCAAGUGAUUGCUUUGUCAAGAAGUUCCUCUGUUAUUGAUGGAUGAAACUCUGCUACGUCGAAGGAAAUGAAGGAGUGACCAGGUUUGUUCUUGAUGUUUUUGAACCAGUCAAUGACAGAUAAAGAAUUUUUCCACUGGUUCAAUCCGGUAGCGUUUCUGAUUUGCGUAUUAAUGUCAUCCAGGAUGAUCUUACUAAUUUUACCUAGUUCACUCUUUGCUGGGUUGAUAAGACGGUAUUUUGGAUUUGUUUCAAAAUUCUCCUUGUGAUCUUUUAAUGUAACAAAAGCAUCUUUUGAUGCCAUUGUCUCAAUACGAUCGCUGACUGAAAGGUUGUCCGUAAUUCGGCUUAGUUCAAAGUUGAUUUCCUCUUUCACAUCAUUGUCAGUAAGUUUGUAUGUUUUUGUCACGUUAUCUUUCACAAUUUUAUUGUAGUUCUCCGGUGUUGUUUCAUAUACGUUUUUGGUUUUGUCCGCAAAAACAAAUACAUUUGGCGACGUUUUAACUUUCUUAAGAUCAUUAUCCAGAUCAUUUAAAAAUUUGUCGGAAACGUUUCUGAACUGAAUAUUUUCCAUCAUGUUUACAAGAUCAUCUUCAAAAGCUUUCAUUUCAUUGAUAAAAGGUGGUGCCGUUUUUGAUUUUAAUCCAAAUUUAUAUUGUUCUUUCGCGUUUGGUUCAUGUAGAUAAAAAUGCGCUUUCCAUCUCAUUCUGGUUACUACGUUUUCGAUCUUGUCAAUAAGCCUUUUCUUGUCAAUAAGCCUUUUCUUUCCUUUUCUUGUCAAUAAGCCUUUUCUUUUCUUUUCUUUUUUUUUUCUUAUAUGAAACAACACCGGAGAACUACAAUAAAAUUGUGAAAGAUAACGUGACAAAAACAUACAAACUUACUGACAAUGAUGUGAUAGAGGAAAUCAACUUUGAUCUAAGCCGAAUUACGGACAACCUUUCAGUCAGCGAUCGUAUUGAGACAAUGGCAUCAAAAGAUGCUUUUGUUACAUUAAAAGAUCACAAGGAGAAUUUUGAAACAAAUCCAAAAUACCGUCUUAUCAACCCAGCAAAGAGUGAACUAGGUAAAAUUAGUAAGAUCAUCCUGGAUGACAUUAAUACGCAAAUCAGAAACGCUACCGGAUUGAACCAGUGGAAAAAUUCUUUAUCUGUCAUUGACUGGUUCAAAAAUAUCAAGAACAAACCUGGUCACUCCUUCAUUUCCUUCGACGUAGCAGAGUUUUAUCCAUCAAUAACAGAGGAACUUCUUGACAAAGCCAUCACUUGGGCUCGCGGGUACGUUAAUAUCGAUGAUAAGCAGAUCAACGUCAUCAAACACGCAAGAAAAUCGCUUCUGUUCAAUGACGGUAAAACCUGGAUCAAACAACAAAACAAUCCCUUGUUUGACGUAACCAUGGGCAGUUUUGAUGGAGCAGAAGUGUGCGAACUUAUCGGCCUAUUUAUACUCAAUUCCUUGGCAAAGAAAUAUGGUAAAGACCGUGUCGGCCUUUAUCGAGACGAUGGUUUAAUCCUACUACGAGGUACUUCUGCCCGGCUUGCUGACAAAGCUAGAAAAGAUCUCCACCAACUUUUCGAUGAGUUUCAACUGAAAAUCAAAACAGAAAUUACCCACCAAUCUGUCAACUUCCUAGAUAUUACCUUAAAUUUAAAUGAUGAAAGCUACCAACCCUACCGAAAGCCUAACAAUGAACCACUUUUCAUUGACAGUCAUUCAAACCAUCCCCCUUCAAUUACAAAGCAUCUACCAUCUUCCGUUGGCAACCGAAUUUGUCAGUUAUCAUCGAAUCAAGAAGCUUUCUCGAAGUCUGCACCUCUUUAUCAAGCCGCGCUCCACCGUAGUCAUUACCCAACAAAUUUACGCUACUCCCCUAAUAAUAAACAGAAGAAUAGAACGAGAACGAGAAAUAUAAUUUGGUUUAAUCCACCUUUUAGUAAGAAUGUUAGAACAAAUGUUGGUAGAAACUUUCUAAACCUGAUUGACAAACAUUUCCCUGCGUAUUUCCCUGCGUCUAACCCACUACACAAGAUCUUUAACAGAAACUCGGUCAAAGUAAGCUACAGUUGCAUGGAUAACUGUAAAAGCGUCAUCUCCAAACAUAACCUCGGUACACUUUUAAAGAAUAAAACUGUUGUUGUAGCAUCUACCAAAGACAACUGUAACUGCAUAGAAAGCAAUGAAAGUCCCUUAAACAAUAAUUGCCUUACAAAGAGCGUUGUUUAUAAAGCCGAGGUUACGGACGACACAGGAGUAAUUCGAGAUUAUAUUGGGAUGACAUCAAACACGUUCAAGAAACGUUAUUACAACCACAAGACAUCAUUCAAAGAUACGAGCUAUGUAAAAUCCACUGAGCUGUCCAAACACAUUUGGAACUUGAAAAACAAGAAACGUACAUUCAACAUCAAGUGGUUCAUUCUGAAGCAAGCAUCAUCUUAUCGCAGCGGCGCAAAAAGUUGCAACCUAUGCCUCCAAGAGAAACUCGAAAUUUUGAAAGGUGAUAAGAAAAGAUUGCUGAACAGGAGAUGUGAGCUAUUCUCGAAGUGUUGCCACCGGAAACAAUUCUUGGCGGGAAUAUUUGAACGUGCGCACGCAAUACCAUCACGCAAGUAGCCUAACGAACUCGCACGUAAUCAUACAGGAAUUUUUUUAUUGAGAUUUAAACAUUGUCGCCUGAAGAUCGCAUUGAGCGUGAAACUCAGACUUGUGACUAUAUUUUAAGUUAAGAAAUUAAAUUAUAUAUAUAUAUAUAUAUAUAUAUAUAUAUAUAUAUAUAUAUAUAUAUAUAUAUAUAUAUAUAUAUAUAUAUAUAUAUAUAUAUAUAUAUAUAUUAUACCUCACAAUGAGCUUGUCCAAUCAGAUAACUAAAUUUGUACCACAUGACCAUGGUAUUUUUCAGCGAAUACUAUGACCUAGGCAAUUUGAACCCUGGGUGUUUUACCCGGGGCCAUGGUAUUCGACUUCGAAUACCACGCUUGAGCGGGAAAUUCGACUUUAAAUGUAAAGUUUAAAUGUAAAGUUAUCAAAAGUUGUGUUUUGAAAUUAAAAGUUAAUUGAAUGGUAUUUGUUUUCUACUUAUUUUUGAAAGGUUCGGUAUAAUAUACCAUUUAUAGACCUUUCACUCGGGGUAUUCCACAAAAAAUUACCCUGCGGGAUAAAAUAUUCCUCGGGCUUCGCCCUCGGAAUAUUUCAUCCCUCAGGGUAAUUUUUUGUGGAAUACCCCUCGUUUCAGGUCUAUAACUGAUAAAUAUACUGUUGAGGCGAUCAGUAGAAUACAUAGUAACUUUGAAUUUUGUAACUGAUCUAAUUAAAAACAUUCUAAUGUUAAAAAGUUUUUUAAAAUUUUGCUAAAUUUUCGGCUGCAAAUUGCUAGCCUUCUUCUGAGCAAUGGCCACAUUGCUCAGAAGAAGGCUAGAAGUUUGCAGCCGAAAAUUUAGCAAAAUUUCAAAAACUUUUUAACAUUAGAAUGUUUUUAAUUAGAUCAGUUACAAAAUUCAAAGUUACUAUAUAUAUAUAUAUAUAUAUAUAUAUAUAUAUAUAUAUAUAUAUAUAUAUAUAUAUAUAUAUAUAUAUAUAUAUAUAUAUAUAUAUAAUAUAUAUAUAUAUUUAUAUAUAUAUAUAUAUAUAUAUAUAUAUAUAUUGCGUUAGAAAUGCAUCAAAAACUGCAUCGUGUACCACCUUUUUGUCCAUUAUUUAACAUUAUUUAAACUCGGUGAAACUGGUUUUUAAAUCACCAUCUUUUUCUUUCAAAGGAUCAAAUAGCAAUCCUAAUGGCAAUGCCGGACAGGGAACGGCAGGUAUGUUUAGUUAACUAUAUCCGAUAUACCAUUUUUCCUACAAAUGAAGACCAUGUGAAAAAUUAUAACUGUAAAUUACCAAACAUCUCAAAUUUUCCGUGCGGGUAGUCCAUAGAAAUAAUAGAUAUAGAAUGCGUACUUGAUCACGAAUCAUGUCUCCACUUUUUUUCAUGCGUGCCCUUAUAAAUCCGCCAUGUUGAAUUUGGCUAGGAGUGCCAAAUACAAAAUAUAAACAAAGCUAAAACUACGUUUUCAUCGUCAAAACGUUUGUCUUGUUGUCUAAUUUGUAGUUUCGAGAUAGAUUUUGAGUUCUUUAAUUUGAAGGCACAAACUGUCAAAGCAAUUGUGCGAUUUGAAAAACGGUGAAAAUAGUGCAGCCUUGUAAACAAAGUAGUUUCGCCGGUUUCGCGUAAACUGAUAUAAUUUACUUAUAAAACAUUUUUGCAUGCUCUGAACGUCACCAUGCACUGUCACUGUUUUGCUAAUAUCUUAUAAGAUUACAAAAUGAUAGUUCUUUCUUCGUCGGGUUUCGUUUUUCUUCGAUGUAAACGAAGUUUUUUUAAUGUUUUAUAGAACAAAAAUAUUUAGUUGCCAGUAUAAAACUGUAAAUUCACUAAAUUGCCUAAAUAAUCGUCGAAAGCUAUGGUUUCAAAAGCGUUGCCUCAAGCUCAAGCAACGUAGAAAAAUAUGAAAAGUAUUUGUGUAAGUUUAAAAAGAUUAUUGAACUUCAUUUAUAUUAUAAAAGAGUUGAAAUAUUUAUAGAACAUACCUAUAAUUGAGUUUGAGUUUGUCUUGAUCAUUCGGGUUUUGUUUUGGCUUGCACAACAGCAUUGAAAAUUUAUUUUUAAACGACGAUUUUUGCAUAUAUUCUGUUCAGAACUGUUGCUUUUCGUAAAAAAGCCCACUAGAAUGGGUUUUUAGACACUUUUUUCACUUUAUAAAACUUUUUUUUUCCAUUUUAAGUCUCGAUAUAAAAUUUUUGAAAACUUUGCAGUUAAAAAAACAAUUCGCAUUCCCUACAACCGGGCGAAAUUCCCCGCCUCAGGAGUCUGGGACCAACCAAAAUGUCCUUAUAAAUCCGCCAUUUUGUGGAGACAAAUUUUUCACUGAGAAAAGAUAGGAGUACACAUUCUAUAUCUAUUAUUUCUAUGGGGUAGUCCUUGAAAAUAUGAAAUAAACACUUAACUGGAGAGCAUUUUUUACUCGUUUUGCGUGAAUAAACUAGUUAAAAUAAUUUAUUGACUGACGUCUGCAACUACGUAGUAAAAUUUCAAUUUUUUUCUUUGUAAUGUCUAUGCAGGUACAGAUCGUCACAACAUGGUGGAAAUGGCAGACCCUUCUGUGAACUAUCCUUUAACAUCGGAAAAGCCGUUAAAAAUGUUCACUAACGCUGAAAUCGUUUGGAGAAGUGAUGAAGAAACGAAGACUAAACAAGAUCUUAUUUUAAGUAUGGCCUCCUCUGGCUACUACAACAGCAUGACGCUCUGUAAGGCUUCUCCACAGAAAACAGAGCUUAAUGACGAGUUAAACAACGCUCCAGCAUCUUAUCGUGGCAUGCUAUUGAGGUUUGCACCAGGAGAAUAUUACUACAUGUGUACAAGAAACAACAACUUCAGUAAUCGUAACCAGAAAGGAAGACUCGUGGUCAGAAAUGUGCCAGGAAGCAAGUUAAGCAAGAAGUAA